AUGGAACGCAGAGGUAUCAUUGCCUUGCCUGAAGAGCUGCAGAUAUUGAUUUUCAAACAUCGUCUUUCGCCCUACUGCGUUAUCAGGGAAAACCUCGUGAGGGAUCUGUCAUUGGUUUGCCGUCUGUGGCGAGAUCUCAUAGCGAACGAACCCCAACUUUGGUCCGCCUUCGAGCUUUCACUCAUCCAUCACGGUAUACCUCACUCCCAGAACAACGUCAAGCUAAUGCAAUUGCGGCUACACCGUUCGAAGGAUACGAGACUACGCAUCCGCUUCAACAUCAAUGACCCGACAUGCAAACAGCUUGGCCUGGAUAUCAUUGCGCUUUUUAAAGCACACGCCAACCGUUGGCAAGAUAUAAUGUUCUGCGGCCCCGCCACUUUGGCCGCUGCGUUAUUAAGCGUUGACAGUUCGCUACCGCCUUCAGCGCUGUCCAACCUCGAGCUCACUCUGAUGGAGGAUCCACAGAAUGUCCGACUCCCUCACAACUUUACUAUCUCGUCGCUGCUUGUCCCUUACUCUGCGAUCCUCAAUGAAUUGUCUCUGAACACUCGUUUGGUAAACCUGCAGACCUGCUUGGCGAUUUUGGCACAGAGCCCGAAACUUCAUCGUUAUACAGCGGUUAUACACCGCGAGAGCGACUUCAACGUAUCACCCAGUGUUUCGCAGCCAACCUGCCGCCUCGAACAUCUCGACCUGGAAAUUCGGAACAUCAACCCUACUCAAGGCACAGGCGACGAACACCCUCUGCAAGUCUUGGCUCGAUUUUUGGACGCAAUGAUCCUCGAAGACUUGACCUACCUGCGGAUCUAUUGGGCAGACAGCGCAUCGCCCGAUGAAGCUGGCGGCCGUGCGCUUUUUGCCACCAUCUUGCAAUGCACGAGACUCAGAACUCUGAAAAUCGAAAAUCUCCCACUGAACCAAGACGCUUUCGCUGCAUGCAUAGGAACUCUGACACACCUGAGGCACCUGAGCAUACAAUAUCCAGACCAUGCAUUUCCUAGCCCUUUGUCUCGUAACUUCUUCCGCGCGCUUUGUGGUCAUGAGAGUAGCAUCAACUUGCCCCAGCUGGAAGUACUGCACAUCUCUAUUCACUCGGAAAAGGUCGGCAAAGAAGAUAUCUACAAGCUUCUGGAACGGCGCAUGAAAGCCCAGGGGAAUCCUGUGCUGAAAGAUCUAUUCAUACACUGCGAUAUGGACUCGCGCACAUGUGCAGCCUGGCGGGAGGAAAUAAGUAGCACUUAUCCGAGUUUGACUGUGGAGAUCUCUGAAUAG